GAAUGGGAUUGGCCGGACGACGCAGAAUCUUCGCCGUCCGAGAGACAUCGAACGCGGGGAUAGCCUUGGCCUGGCCUAAGGCUUGGAUGCUUUGACUAUCUGUAAGAAUCUUGGCCUUUGCUUGGAGUUGUCUUGGAGGACUUGGAUGAUCAUAUGUGCAAGAAUCUUGAGAUGAUCUUUCUGUAAGAAUCUUGGGGUGAUCGUCGACGCCAGGGGCGUAAUCACUCCUCCAAAAAUGGGCUGGAAAUAACUCCCUCCGGGGGGCGGCAUCAAAUGCCAAGGGAAGGGCGGCACUUGUGUUUCGGGAGCCAGAGAUUUAACUGCUCUUUCCUGCUAGUCCUGGACGUUCGCUAACAUGGCGACACCGCCUCGAGAGCCCGGCCAUGUACAGCAUCGCAUGUCCGCCGAUGAGAUGCGUGUUCUGCGGGAGUGUAAUUCGGAGAGCUUCUACCGUCGGAGUGUGCCGAUCUCCAGCGCCAUGAUGGCCGGCACUCUGUACAUGAUCCGCUCCGGCCGCUGGCAGCCCGGACGUCGGUUCGGCGUCGUGCCGAAAGUCGCCGUAGCCGGUAUCGUGGGCUACUUUAUUGGCAAGAUUUCAUACAUGGAAACGUGCAAGGAGAAGCUGAUGCGUCUGCCGAACAGCGAGAUCGGCCGUCUGUUGCGCAAGCAGCGCUCGGGCGGCGUGGCCGAGCUGGGUCUGCCUGAGCAGGGGGAGCCGGCGGCGGAGGCUGCGGCAGGUGCGAGCUCGGUUCGGCCCGAGUGGAGCCUGCCGCCGCGCUCCGAGGGCCUGGACGACUACUACCGGCCGACGGUGGACACGCCGGGCGCCGUGGGGCCGCUCACCACCGACGACAUCCCGCCGGCGCAGAACUACACCACCUACGAGGAGCUGCGGCGCCAGAACCGCGCGGAGCUGGAGCAGCGGCUGCGGCGCGGCGCGCCCGCCGACCAGCCGCCGCCCGAGCGCCAGGAGCGCCGGCCGCCGCCCUCGCCGCCCGACUCCUCGGCCAACAAGUACGGAGACGUCUGGGACAAGUGAGCUGGGUGAACUGUUUUGUUUUGUGGUGCGUUAGGUGUGGCAGGGUAUGCUAAAUGUAGUGAUAAAAUGUUAUUUCUAGUAGCAACUAGCGAGGAAGCGUCUGAGCUUUUGUCGUUCAGCAGAUUGCCGUCAGGUUGACACUCGCAAUGCGAGAAGUUGGUAUAUCCCGGCUCAGCUGCCCUAAUACCAUACCUACGGGGGUAAAACAUGAUGACGAUGCGAAGAGACGCUUUUUGUGUUGACCUCAACAUGAGAUGUACCUAUUUCAACUGGGUGUCAUCCUUACUAUAAUUUUUACUAUAGAACCAGACUUUCGUACAUAAAUUGUAUUUGAAGGGAUUACUGAGAAGCUUUCUAAGUGAACCUUACACUUUCCCGACCCGACCCCAUGCAAUCAUGACCUUGGGGAUAGAACAUUGUGACGUAAUUGAAUAUUUCACGUCUUGGAAACGAUGCGAAAAUAAGUAUCGUUAUUGUCGCAGUCGUUGCUGCUGUUGCCCGAAAACGCAAGAAUCGAAUGAACGCUUUCCGCGCUGCAUGGCAGCAUGCUGUGAAAACGCUAAAUAAUUGUACGUGAAACUGGGCUGAAGAGUAAAAUAAAAAUCCGAUUACAGAUCA